UGAUAAAAGUAAAUGGGAAAGUUGUUUCAAAUGACAUGCCCUAUCUGAAUCAUGAAAGUUUAUUUUGGACUAGACUGUCCCUUUAACUUUUAUAUAAUAUAUAUUGAAAUACUAUUGCUAAAUAUAUAUUUGUUUAAUAAACCAUCAGAUAUGUAUAAAUAUUUUUUUUAUUUUUUUUUAUUGAGGUUUCUUCAAAAACAUACAUCAGUGUGAAAAUGAAACAUAUAUCACAUGAAAUAAUGUUGGGUAAACACUAAAUAAAAACAACAAGAUGAUAACAUGGGGAACACAGAAAUGUCUUUUGGAGAUGUGUGCUUAAACUUCCUGGAUUUGGAUCAAGGACGUAAUAACUAAAGAAACCAGAGCGCUCUGCGAUUGUCUUUUUUGAACAAACCAUCAAAGGACUGACAGCGUGGGAAAUCCCAUCUGAUUGGCUGAUACCAUACCACAUGACCACUCCGAACACACGGAGCUAACUAUGUCACACGCCAAGUGAUCGAGGCUGACAAAGAGAGGAGCCUAAAGAAAAGGCCGACCCGGACACCGUCAACGGUGAUUCACGAACCCGGCUAUGACACUUGCUGACUAAUAUAUAACAAGAGAGUCUACCCGGAAGGUUGGUCGCAUCCUCAAGUAAACAACAUGGCCAGAGCACUGAGAGAUAUCAGGUAUUGAUGUAAUUGGAGUGAAUAAGGGAACCUUCUUCCUGAGCACAGACAUUGGAGCCUGUUAUCAGCAUGAACUCAUAUGUGAUAGAAAAACACUUGAAGAGUUCAUAUCCAUCCUUCUCUACAGGAAGCAUCAGAAUGAUACCGCAAACUCUAAAAGUCUUAGACACUAAUGACUAUUCACAAACAUUGGGGAACUCACAGCUGACAUUUAAAGAAGAUGUUGAAUUGGCAGGAACUGGGAAGCAAUCACUAUGUACAGAGAGUAAUUUAGUCAUCAAACAAGAGGACAACAUUUAUGCAUUAUCUAGUGAAAUUAUUAUCCCAGAGGAUAAACCACCCACAUUUACUAAGUUUUCAAAACAUAUUAAAGAAGGGAAAAGUCUUAAGUCUAGCCAAAUGUUUCAUACAAAGGAGAAACCAUUUAAAUGUAGAGAAUGUGAGAAAAGCUUCAUAUGUAAUUUGCAUCUCCCUGAACACCACACAGUUAACACAGUUGUGAAACCUCACACAUUUACAGAUUGUGGGAGAUGUUUCUUAUCUAAAGGAGGCCUUAUGUAUCACAAAAAGACCCACACAGGGGAGAAACCUUUCACAUGUAACGAGUGUGGAAAAUGUUUUACACAAAAGAGUGAUUUGAAAACUCAUGAAAGGAUUCACACAGGAGAAAAACCUUUCACAUGUACAGAGUGUGGAAAAAGUUUUACACGAAUGGAUUGUCUGAAAAUUCAUGAAAGGAUUCACACAGGAGAAAAGCCUUUCAGAUGUUCAGAGUGUGGAAAAGGUUUUACACGAAUGGAUUGUCUGAAAACUCAUGAAAGGAUUCACACAGGAGAAAAGCCUUUCAGAUGUUCAGAGUGUGGAAAAGGUUUUACACGAAUGGAUUGUCUGAAAACUCAUGAAAGGAUUCACACAGGAGAAAAACCGUUCAUGUGCACAGAGUGCGGAAAACGUUUUACAGAAAAGAUUACACUUAAAACUCAUGAAAGGAUUCACACAGGAGAAAAGCCUUUCAGAUGUUCAGAGUGUGGAAAAGGUUUUACACAAAAGAGUGAGCUCAAAACUCAUGAAAGGAUUCACACAGGAGAAAAACCUUUCACAUGUACAGAGUGUGGAAAAAGUUUUACACGAAUGGAUUGUCUGAAAACUCAUGAAUGGAUUCACACAGGAGAAAAACCGUUCAUGUGCACAGAGUGCGGAAAAAGGUUUUCAAAAAAAAUUAAUCUGAAAUAUCAUGAAAGGAUUCACACAGGGGAAAAGCCAUUCAAGUGCACAGAGUGUGGAAAACGUUUUAUAGAAAAGAUUUAUCUUAAAACGCAUGAAAAGAUUCACACAGGAGAAAAGCCUUUCAGAUGUACAGAGUGUGGAAAAGGUUUUACACAAAAGAGUGAGCUCAAAACUCAUGUAAGGAGUCACACAGGAGAAAAGCCUUUCACAUGUACAGAGUGUGGAAAAGGUUUUACACAAAAGGGUCAUCUAAAAACUCAUGAAAGGAGUCACACAGGAGAAAAGCCUUUCACAUGUACAGAGUGUGGAAAAGGUUUUACAGAAAAGAGUUAUCUGAAAAGUCAUGAAAGGAUUCACACAGGAGAAAAGCCGUUCACAUGUACAGAGUGUGGAAAAAGUUUUACAGAAAAGAGUUAUCUGAAAAGUCAUGAAAGGAUUCACACAGGAGAAAAGCCUUUCACAUGUACAGUUUGUGGAAAAAGUUUUACACAUAAGAGUACUCUGAAAACUCAUGAAAGGAUUCACACAAGGGAAAACUCUUUCACAUGUACAGAGUGUGGAAAAGGAUUUACACAAAUGGAUCAUCUAAAAGCUCAUGAAAAGAUUCACAAGGGAAAAAACCUUUCACAUGUUUAGAAAGUCAAAAUAGUGUUUGUAUACAAGACAAAUAUUUCCACACAAAAUAAACUUUAUAUACACACUGUAGAAACUUUUUCAAAAUUAUCCUAAAGAGGAUAAACUUUCUAAAAUCAAGUAAAAAAAAUGGAUCCUAUUGUGAAUAAUGCUUUCCAAUUCCCUAUUACCAAAGCCAAUGUAAUAAUUGACACCUUGGAGAUAUAUUUAAUGUGUUCACAGUGUAGGUAAACCUUUUCUUUAAGAACUAGAUGCUUAGCAUUAUUCAUUUAGAUACCAGAGAGUUUACUGAGGUAAAGCUGAUUUUAUAUAAUGAGAAAUGGACAUAAUACUCAUAUGCUAAAUCACUUGAAACUGAUGCAGUAUACCUGUAACAAGCUGACAGGAAAAUAUCCCCUGAGCAUCUCUAUUUAAAAAAGGAAGAUAUUUUACCUCACAAUUUCCUCAGCUCACCAGUGUAAGUUCUGUGUAAAACGUUAUACUUCAGCUGCUGUGCCCAGCUGCAAGUAAAAAAAAAAAAUGAAGAAAUGAACAGCAGCCAAUCCGCAUCAACAGUGCUGAGGUCAUGAACUCUUUUACUGUGAUCUCAUGAGAUUUCACUUAACUCUCAUGAGAUUAUAUAGUAAACUUCCUUUAAAACUGAAUAGGGAAAUAACAUGUGUGCACAAAACCUCACUUCCUAAGCUGUCCCGGGACAGGCAUACUGAUUUGCUGCUUAAAAGUCCUUGACCUUCUAAGUCGCCCUUCCACCUUACUUAUACUAUUUUACAAACACACAAAUAAUAAAUAAGCUGAGACAUAACUUUGGUAUAAAAAUUGGCUGCAGCCCUUUUAUUAAAUAUAAAACUUUAAAUCACUUAUAAAUAACACUUAUAUAAAUAACCAUCACUAUAUUGUGUUUAAUAACUUUGUCACCAUCAAAUUUCAUUAGAUCAAUAACUGUACCAUCAAGUGGUGCUAGUUCCCUUACUGGUAACAUAGCCGUCAUUCCACUGGACCCAACUAAUUAAUUGCUGAGCCCGUCAAAAUUGUAUUUCCGGGGGGCGGAGCUAGCCACAGCACAGCAUGGACGUGCUUUCACUGAGCUCCUGAGUGCUUACAAAAUUAAAUACUUUUAUAGAGGUAUUUUAAACUCCAAACCUACGAAAAGUAGGUAUAAAACACAGACUCUUAACCUUGCCUACAAUUCUGCCAAAUCCUUAAGGUCUGAGAGGAUAAUCUUAGACCAGCAGGAAACUACCGCUACAUCGAGACCUGAGUGGCGGACUGCGGUGCAGCACCGGACGAGCUCCUAAAUUAUCACAGCCCUACAUUGAGAUCUGCUGCCGGUAUUGUCUCCGGAGGGUUGGGGCUCCGCUCCGGAGAUCUAUAUAGCAGGACCACCAGAGGACUCCAUUUACCGGCUUUCACCACACAGCUCCGGGGGGCCGGGGAUCCGCCCCGGAGCAUAUACUUACGAACUUGACUGGAUACCUGGUGGUGGCCGAGAAACUAAAACUAUUGCCUGCUGCAGCCUCAAGCUGCCUCUCUCUUAUACGGGUGACCCAGACCCUCACCACUAACAUCACCUUUUCCAGCCCGCUGAGAGGUGCCCGCUGUGACAAAAGGCACGAAUAGGCGCCAUCUUGGACUUCCUUACCCGAUCUCUGUCCGGGCCUCAGCGCAGACCCACGCUUUGGUUUGCUCCCGUUACAUGGCUCUGGCCCUUAGAGAACUGCAGGAUUGAACAACCGGACCUAUAGUGUAACGGAACCAUCUUACCUGAAUUAGCGGUGACCCGGAAGGCCGGGGCAUCGCUCCGGGACUACCACCAACUGCUGAACCUUGCCCUCCGGGGAGUGCAAGAGGCUUACUUAAUUUGAGGGGUGCUGCCUCGUGAGCCGUAACUACUCCUUCACUUACUACCCUUCAAUCGGCUGGUCUCUGCGGAGAACACAGGAAUCAGACCGCCCCGCUACAAACUUCUCAACACCUGUGGCGUGCUCUCUUAGAACCUGAAACACCAGGCCUGGUCGCGGGCCUACCUUGAAAGUGAGAAUUGUCUGGAGCAGAUAGCUGGAUACUGUAAGUAAAAAUAUCACACAAAUUGCCUAUACCCAUCGGGCUUUGAAUAGCAUCAUUUAUAUCAGACUGUACAGCUAUUUAAUUUGAAGGGGACUUUUGGAAGGGCCAGCUCACUUAUAGAAGGCUAUUAUUAACUGGGCCUAGCCCACCGCCUAACCAGCCAAGACACUGUUACAAGACAGCCCGACUCUAAAACUGGUAAAACAGGAAACAAGUGUCAGGAAAGCCAGCAUAAUCUCCACAGGCCUUAUCUACACCUGGCCUCCCACCUACCUGGCUGAGAAGACGCGUGUACACAGUAUUCAUAGCAGACACGUAUGAAUUGCCAGUAAUCUGCUCCUAGACACCAACCAACAGCACAAAUCCCUGUGCUUGCUCUGUACUGUUGCUUUUUAUCCAGAAACGCUGGCCCAGUUCUGUCCCCCAACUAGAGGACUGUUUUCAUUUCACUGUGCUGCAACAGAUUCAGAGGAACUAUCUGAUUCAGAACUCUGCUGAUAUUCAUUUACUGGAACCCACAGCACUAUACUACUAUCAAAGCUAUAAAACUCAGCAUCUGCCCAAUCAUUGGAGACUACAGUUGUAACCUAGAU